GCGGGGGGAGAGAACCCAUGCCCCAACAAGACCGACAGCACGAGUGUGUGAGAGAGAGGUGAAGGGCGACAGAAAGGAUAGGAGAGCAGCAGAAGAGUGUAGUGGUGGUGCGCGCUCAAGAGCAAGAGCGAGAGGAGAAGAAGAAGAAGAAGACGAGAGGAGGGAGCGGGUGGAAACAAAAGCGUACUGGGGAAGCAUUUUGAGGAAAGGAACAAGGGAGCGCAGCAAAGGGUGGCUGUCGGACUGAGGGAGAGAGUGAGGAGAGAAGGGGGUUGGACCAGUCCAGGAGGAGAGCCGGCCCGUAAUUCGGGGCAUAUAUUGGCAGACAAGCGGGUUGAUAGAAGUCCGCAUGCGCAGCGAUCUCAAUCAAUUGGAACAGUUGUCGAGUAACUGAGGCGCGACGAGUCGAGAAGAGAAGAGGAGAGGAGGAAGACGAAGAAGAACAAGUAGAGGAGGAAGACGGAGAGAGGGGGAGAGGGAGAGUGAGACAGAGAGAGAGAUACAGAGAGGAGGAGGAGACGGAGAAGAGAAGCGAAUCGAAAACAUAGGCCCAGGGAAGUACUUGAUUGAUCGCUCGAUCGGCCUUGUACAGAUCCUUGCUCACCUCGGCGGGCUGCGUCGGGCGAUCGCCGAUCGGGUCGGUUCUCGCAUGCACAGCUCUCGGGAGGCCGUCGGCGUCUCGGCGAUUUAUGCGCUCGGCUCGAAGGCUGGAAAACCGAACCCUCUUGGAUGAUUAGUUUUGUGCCCGCGGAGGGAGUUCCGACCAGAGUGGACUGGCUUUGGUCAUGCAUGCUGUAGCGCUUCCUUCCUUUCUUCGUCGUCUGAGUGGUUGAGAUCCCGGUUCUUUCGUUCUGCACUUUGAAUGCUUUCAUGUUGUUCCAAGCUUGCGUGCCCGCCCCGCUUUAUGCGUUUGUGAGCCUCUUCCCGUGCUCCGGAACUCCGUCCGUCUCUCACGCUGACCUCGUAGCUUCCCUGAGUUGAGUCGAAACAUUCUGACUUUCAGAGCGCUCCGUGCGAACUCCUUGCGUGCUUGAACGAAAUUCGGGUUUGCGCUUCGUUUCCCGGCCCGGCACGUUCCUGUACAAUUCAUCGUUGUCGAUUCGUUCUGUCUUGCUUCCACAUUCGUUCCCGCCUCUCCCGGCGCGUCGUACCUGGUCUUCAGUAUGUCUGAGAUAUUCGAAGGCUAUGAACGCCAGUAUUGCGAGCUUUCCACCAGUCUGUCUCGGAAAUGUACAUCCACCGGUCUUCUCAAUGGAGAAGAGAAGAAACAGAAGCUAUCAGAGCUCAAGACUGGACUCGACGAGGCGGAGGCCUUGAUUCGAAAGAUGGAUCUGGAGGCCCGAAGCUUGCCGCCAACACCGAAGGCCACACUACUUGCGAAAUUGCGAGAGUACAAGUCCGAUUUGAAUAAUCUGAAACGUGAGGUCAAAAAAUCAUCAACGAACGAUGUAUCAGCUUCCAGAGAUGAACUGAUGGAGGGAGGAAUGGCAGACUCUGCUUCGUCAGCUGCAGAUCAAAGGGCAAGACUUUUGUUGUCCACGGAGAGAUUGAACCAGACCGGAGAAAGAGUAAAAGACAGCAAAAAAACGCUACUUGAAACAGAAGAACUCGGUGUCUCUAUUCUUCAGGAUCUCCAUACCCAAAGACUGAAUCUUCUGCAUGCACGUGAGACGUUGCACGGAGUUGAUGACAACGUUGGAAUUGGCCAGCGCAUAAUGAAGGGCUUAGGGUUUUGGAAGGGCUUGGGCUUUUAGUGGGUUUGUGGAUUUUGUUAUGGAUCCUGAUAUUGUAAUAGUUUAAGACUCUACUGGAUAUGGGAGCUGACAUGUACCGCCGGAUGCAGUUGCACGGAGUUGAUGACAACAUCGGGAAGAGCAGGCGCAUCCUUAAUUCAAUGGGCCGCAGAAUGAGUCGGAACAAGUGGAUCAUGGGAGGGAUCAUUGGUGUCCUUAUUUUUGCCAUAUUUUUAGUUGCGUAUAUAAAGUUCAGCAGUCGUAGUAAGUAGGCCAAGUAUAUAUCAUAUUCCUGGUCCCAUCAUGAAUCCUGAUGGGAUAAGUGGGGAGUAUGCUGAUAUAGGUCGCUUUAAGGCCCUGUUUUGCCUGGUCACGUUAGUUGGUUUGUUCCUUCGUGAGAGUCGUGAGGAUGUCUCCAUGACUUGAUUCUUUGCUAGUGAGGGUGUUGACACUUGCAUGAUCUUGCAAGCUUGUGAUUUAUAAACAAUAGAGAAGGCAUACUAAACACUUAUAACCAUUGGCAAUGAGGUGAUUGCUUUGUUGACCAGCCAGGCUUGUAAAUUUGUAGUUGAUAGGGAGAGAUCCAUGGCAGGAGCAUUUUGAAGAUCAUCGAUUAUGAUUGUUUUACUCAUUCACCCAUAAUAACCGAGGGUGCACUUUUCCAAUCAGCACGGGUUAUACAUGUGCUGCCAACGUCUACAUUUUGUUUGGCUGCAAUCAACAUCGGUGUUUUUGAUUUCGCUUAUGAAUUUUACGUACUAGGCCCGCCUUUUUAGUAUCUAUAUCAGCUAACUCGCCGCACGUUGGCCGCCUGUUUUUUUGGUGUGAAAGCAAUGAUUGUUAACCUUUGGCUUUGUCCACGUCCUCUGAUACAUGUAAACAUAUUCAGGUGUUGGGUAAAUAAACUACUCUC